GCGAGCGGCGGCGGCGGCUACGGCGGCGGUGAUGGGGAGCGGCGGUGUCAUCCACUGCAGGUGUGCCAAGUGUUUCUGUUACCCUACAAAGCGGAGAAUAAGGAGGAGACCCCGAAACCUAACCAUCCUGAGCCUCCCUGAAGAUGUGCUCUUUCAUAUCCUGAAAUGGCUCUCUGUGGGGGACAUCCUCGCUGUCCGAGCUGUGCAUUCUCACCUGAAGAACCUGGUGGACAGCCACGCCAGUGUGUGGGCGUGUGCCAGCUUCCAGGAGCUGUGGCCUUCUCCAAAGAACCUGAAGCUCUUUGAAAGGGCUGCCGAAAAGGGAAAUUUUGAAGCCGCUGUGAAGCUGGGGAUAGCCUACCUCUACAACGAAGGCCUUUCUGUGUCUGACGAAGCCCGUGCGGAAGUGAACGGCCUGAAGGCCUCUCGCUUCUUCAGUCUCGCCGAGCAACUGAAUGCGGGCAGCACGCCCUUCAUCUGGCUCUUCAUCCGCCCUCCGUGGUCGGUGUCUGGAAGCUGCUGCAAGGCUGUGGUUCACGAGAGCCUCAGGGCAGAGUGCCAGCUGCAGGGAGUGAAUCCCGUUGAGGAACACGCAUGGGGCCCGCAUGCCGGGCGGUCCGAGCCGCACCGGACUCACAGAGCAUCCAUACUGCACUGCCUGGGGAGAGUGCUGAGUCUCUUUGAGGAUGCAGAGCGGAAGCAGCAGGCCCGGGACCUGUUUGAAGAGUCUGCUCGCCAGGGCUGUCUGGCCAGCUCGUAUCUCCUGUGGGAACGUGACAGGAGGACGGACAUGUCCGAUCCUGGACGAUGCCUCCACAGCUUCCGGAAACUCAGGGACUACGCUGCCAAAGGCUGCUGGGAAGCACAGCUGUCGUUAGCCAAAGCCUGUGCGAACGGGGGCCAGCUCGGACUGGAGGGGAAGGUCACCGACGGGGUCGUGCGCCGGCUGUUCCAGGCCUCCCGUGCCGUCAGCAAGCAGCAGGUCUUCUCUGUGCAGAAGGGACUCAGCGACACGAUGAGGUACAUCCUGAUUGACUGGCUGGUGGAGGUCGCCACCAUGAAGGACUUCACGAGCCUGUGCCUGCACCUGACUGUGGAGUGCGUGGACCGGUACCUGCGGAGGAGGCUCGUGCCUCGGUACAGGCUCCAGCUGCUGGGCAUCGCCUGCAUGGUCAUCUGCACCCGGUUCAUCAGCAGAGAGAUCCUGACAAUCCGAGAGGCAGUUUGGCUCACGGACAACACCUACAAGUAUGAAGACCUGGUGAGGAUGAUGGGAGAGAUCAUCUCUGCCCUGGAAGGGAGGAUUCGAGUCCCCACUGUGGUUGAUUACAAGGAUGUCCUGCUGACGCUGGUCCCUGAGGCUCCAAGAACCCAGCAUCUGUGUGGCUUCCUGUGUGAGCUGUCCCUGCUGCACACCAGCCUGGCCACCUAUGCUCCGGCCUGUCUGGCCGCGGCCGCCCUGCUGCUCGCGCGGCUGACCCACGGACAGACACAGCCCUGGACCACAAGGUUGUGGGACAUCACCGGGUUCUCUUGUGAAGACCUCAUACCCUGUGUCUUGAGCCUUCAUCAGAAGUGCUUCCACGACGACGCCCCCAAGGACUACAGGCAAGUCUCUCUGACCGCCGUGAAGCAGCGAUUCGAGGACAAGCGCUACGAAGAGAUCAGCCGGGAAGAGGUGCUGAGCUACGGGCAGCUGUGCGCAGCUCUGGGCGUGAAGCAAGGCAGCCCGGAGCCCACGUCCUUCCUCAGUGCGGGGGACAUUCACGCCUUCCUCAGCUCUCCGUCGGGAAGAAGAACCAAGCGGAAGCGGGAGAACAGCCUCCAGGAGGACAGGGGCAGCUUCGUCACCACGCCCACCGCGGAGCUGUCCAGCCAGGAGGAGGUGCUGCUGGGUAGCUUCCUGGACUGGAGCCUGGACUACUGCUCAGGCUACGAGGGUGACCAGGAGAGCGAGGGCGAGAAGGACGGUGACGUGACGGCACCCAGCGGCGUCCUCGACGUCACCGUGGUCUAUCUAAACCCAGAACAGCACUGCUGCCAGGAAUCAAGCGACGAGGAGGCCUGCCCGGAGGCCGGUGGUCGCCAGGAUGUGCGCGCCUAUGUACCGGGCACCCAGACACCUCCGAGCCCGGGGCCCCAGCCUCUGCUCCACGGCAGGAGGGAGCCAGGCAAGGACAGUGUGACCUCGGGGUACUCCUCCAUCUGCAGCGCGAGUCCCACAGACUCGGUGGACGGGGUCUCGGGGGCCUCCCCCCGGUCUACCUCAGUGCCUUCCCCGGACAGUGACUCAGGCACACAGCCUUGCCGCCAGCACGCCAAGAAGCCAUGUUUACAGUGUCACUCUCUAAGCCCCCUGGAGAGCAGCACCCCCCAGCAACAGGUAAAGAGGAAAAACCUAUCUGCCCACAGCGAGGAGGAGGAAGAGGAGGAUGAGGACGAGGAGAGGGGCCUGAGCCCUGCUUGCUGAGGCCAUGAGUGCCCGCACUUGCUGC